AUGGACCAUACCACCGCCACUACCACACACCACCGUCAGGAGGGAAUAUCACUGGACUGAUAAGGAGUGGGGCAUUACCAAGGCCAGGGUGGCGGAAGGAGUUUCCGAGGGCUUCUAUAUCACACCCCGAAUGACACGUGCCAUAUAUAACAGCUUAUCACACUUCAUCAAUACGGACGUCGGACGUCAAAAUGUCCGACACGGUCAUUCUAUUACAUUAUAUUUUGCUUCCUUGCUGAGUUGGUAAGACUAACUAACUGAUUGACAGAUUGACUGACUGGUUACAAAAGUUUGGCAUUUGGAGUUUCCAAUGGCAAGUGUUGACUGACUGGCCUGAAAGGGCUAAGGUGAAUAGGAAAUGAGUCUAGAGAUAAAAGAUAAAGCAUUAGAGUAGAGGACCUGUCAGUGUUUCAUAAGGCUUUGUAAGGACUGCGUGGAGAGCAUGGCCAACUGUAGCCUUUCGUGGAACACCUUCAACGGUGACAUCCCAGACUCCCUUCUGCAUUUCUUUGUCUUCUACUGCUGCGCCAUCUGUGUUGUUGGCAUCACUGCCAAUGGGAUAGCGUUGUGGUGCGUGGUGACUUGUUCCCGCACAUCCACCUCCAGCAAGAUCCUCCUGUGCGCCCUCUUCUCCACGACCCUGCUCAUGUGCGUGGUGGUGAUGCCCUUCAUGGUGCACCUCUCACUGGCCAAACUCUGGUGCGACAGGGGAGUGCCCCGGCCUCUGCUACACGUGGUCAUCUUGAACUACAUUGUGCUGACCAUGAUGGAGCUUUUCUACAUCUUCGUUAUGGCUCUCCUCAGGACGCUGGCCGUGUGGUCACCUAUGCGGCGCCAGAUCCAGGUUCGCGCAGCCAUUGCAGUGACUGUCGGGAUCGCACUCUACAAUACAUCGAUGACUAUCCUGGUGGCGGCACAGUUCUGGAAGACAUUAAUGCCUAGACACACACGAUACAUUAUUCUGAAGGUGUACAACGCUUUCCACUUCGUCCUGCCAGUACUGCUCACCCUCGUCUGCUACCUGUCCACCAUUGCCGUGGUGAGACGCAACACGCGCCGUCUGGUUGCCAACACCGCACAAUCCACAGUGGCCAGUGGCAAGGUGAUGGACCAGGCCACGCGAGCCAUGCUGGCGGUGUUCAUCAGCAACCUGCUCCUCGGCCUGCCGCACUCCAUCUACCACAUUGUGCCUUACGAUCACCGUGUCUUCUCCUACGUCAUCAUGCACUCCAUCUUCUUCACGCACUUGUUUGUUGAUCCGCUGGCCUUCCUGUGUUCCAAUCUGCACCACCGGCGGCGCGUCCUCCAAGCACUCAGGUCCCUGUUCUGCCUGGCUACCCACACGGUGGUUGAGUCACCGCCUACCUCGCUGACCACUCAGACAACCUCCAUUCAAAAGGACGUCGAGGAAGGGCAACGGAAUACUUCGUCAGGAGAAAAGUCAAAACAAGAGCCACCCAAUCUACAACUCGACAACAUCCCCAAAGCGGUGGCGGUGUGGUACCCUCAGGGGCACCAGUUGAAGCUACGGACAAGCGUGGCGCUGGUGAUGGGCGUCGUUGUCUUUGCUACUGCUACCACUGUGGAUUGCAUUGCCGAGUCGCCAUACAUGCACACGACACCAUCACGACUUGUGACUGUCCUACAUUACGUCCUGCCAAUGGUUCUCACCCUCGCCUGUUACUCCUCCAUGAUUUUCGCGGUAAGACGUAACAAGCACCGCCUGGCCGCCACUCCAGACACGGCAGGGACGGGCCAGGUGAUGGACCAGGCCACGCGGGCCAUGUUGGCGGUGUUCAUCAGCAACCUGCUCCUCAGCCUGCCACACUCCAUCAACCACAUUCUACCUCACGCUGUCCAUGUCAUCCCGUACGUCAGCAUACACAUUGUUUUCUACGCUCACUUGUUCGUUGACCCGCUGGUGUUUGUGUGUUUCACCGGCAACGCGUCCUGCAGGCACUCAGGUCCUGCCCGCUCUGAAUUACUUGCAGGCCAUUCUCUGCACUGCCGCGCGCCACCUCCGCUCACAUCCUCCUCCGCCUCCUCCAAAAUGUCGCAGAAGAAUCAUAGUUAAGGAUAUAUGAGUUUUCUUAUUGUUAUGUCUUAGCGAUCCUGUUACCUUCCAGUAAUUUCUAUAAAUAUUCCGUAGCUCUUGGCUAGUUCUUUGAUCAUGUGAAGAAUAAACUUGAAAA